AUGCCUGCCAUCUUUUUACGAACACUAUCAUUUAUCAUUGGUUGGGUAUACAGAUUGAUUUCUUCCCAUCACCAUUAUCCACUCGCACCCAAGAAAACAACAAAGACCGAAGAUGAAAUGAAUAAUAUGUACUUUUGGCUACAAAGAUGCUCAAUAUGUCUUGAUCAAACAUACAAUUUAUGCUUAGAGUCAUGCCGUGACCAAUUCUGUAAAGAUUGCUUUUCAAGGUAUAUCGAAGAAACUGUCAACCAAUCCUGGGGCCUAGGGGUGACCCGUAUCAAAUGUCCAGUGUGCCAAGAAAUCAUAAACCAGGCAGAAUGGAGCCGAUAUGUGUCACCAGAGAUUGUGGCAAAAUACAAUAAAUACAAUCAGCCCUAUAGACCUUACUCUCGAUACUGUAUCACUUGCCAACAUUCAAUCUCACCUUGUCAGUCUCCUAACGCGCAAGGGAUAUCUCGAGAAAGUCGGCUUGCAAAUAUAGCAAAUGAUUUGGAUUUGCUUUCAAAAUCAGCAAAGAACACAUCACUCUCUAUUCUCAUUCAUGAAGCAACUCAGCAUUUCUUGUCAACUUGCCAAAAAGGAUCGACUUUCCGCGUGGGACGCACACAGGAGCUUUGCCAUCAAGUCAUACCCAUCCUUCAUCAAGUCGUCUUAAACCAAAUGGAUCUCUACUGUCUGGCAUCAUCCAUAUCAAAGCAAUUGGUCGCCUUGGAGAUUAUACCUGAAGCUUGGAAACAUGCUCAGUUUAGACACAUCUCCUAUUUCCCCAUGGAAAUCUGCAUGAAUUGUGGUGAUACGUUAUGCCUUCAAUGCGGAGAAACGGCACAUCUCGGACUAGGCUGCUUGGAUUAUUUAAAGGCUAAGCUAAAGAGAUCAACAGAUGCGGAACUGAUUUCGACUAUUCAAUGGAAACUCAAUAAUACCCGACCUUGUCCAAAUUGUUCGGUCAUGAUCAAUCGAGACGAAGGAUGUAAUAAAGUAGACUGCUUACAGUGCGGUUAUCGGUUCUGUUGGAAGUGUGGAUCUGCAUGGACUCAGCAAAAAUGCGGAUUUUAUCAGUGCGGCGAAAGUACCGAAGAUGUUCUACUACGAGAUAACGAGAGCAAGGCUGAACUUGGCGUACCUGAUAUGCAUGCCAUUGACGCUAGAAGACAAAGCAUUCAAACAUUGUAA